AUGGGCAUGGGCACAAAUGGUGGUGAUGGCGGUGGUGACAGCGUAGUCUCCUCCUCUUCUAGUUCUGGUUCUGGUUCUGGCUUGGGAGGCGGAGGCGGCACAAAUCAUGGACUUGUUGAAGCAGGGAAAGCCAGUGGGGACUGCUGCUGUUGCAAAAGGUUAAAGACACGAGGCUCUGCCAAAAAGCCUGCUUACUUUGUUGCUCUUCUUCUUCUGCUUGCUUCUUCGCUUGAUGUGGGUGUUCGCUCCAGGGGAAAACAAAGAAGCGGGUGUGAAAUGUUGACUUGGAGGUUCAGGACAAGCCAAGAGGGGAAAGAGGUAUCCCCAAACUAUUACUGGCAGCUGAUCAUGAUGCAAAACUGCUUCCUGCAGAACUUCAGUCAGAGAAAUAAGAUUGCAGCAGGCUGGGUUUUGAUGAAUAUGAAAAGAGAUGAAAAUGCCUAUAUGUGGUAUCAUCGAGCCAUGCAUACAGCAUGCAUGCUGGCAGUAUAUGUGCCAAGACUGUCUUGUGACCAUAUGAUUGAUGGCAGGACCAUGACAAAUGCUGGAUGUGACUCAAAAUGGGGUUGGCAAGGCCCGGGGCAGCUGUGCACCAAUCCUGUCAAAAAAGAUGAGAAAUGCAAAUUAGCGACCUCUCCUAAUAUUUUUGCUACCUUAGUUUAA